AUGGAGAGUCGAAGUCAAGGUGUAGAGUUUUUUUUCGGUUUCCUCGUUUGUCGUUCGUGUCGUUCGUUUGUCGUGCAAUUUCUCUAAAAAAUUUUCAUUUUCUCGUCUUGAGCGCAGAAAAAUAUAAAAUUUUCGCUUUUAAGAAUAAAUAAAAUUGUAAAAAAUAGGCAUAAGACUAAAGUGGACAGAAUGUGCUAUACGUGUAUAUAAGAACUGAGUAUUUUUCGCAAUUAUUUUCAUAUGAAAAUUGCUAGUGAAAAAUCGAAGAAUAAUUUCGGUCGUUGCCGCAGCAGUUGGUUAAGAAGAACGGAAAGGAAGAGAAGCAAAGGAACAUUAAAGAAAAAAGUUCACACAGUGGUAAAAAAGUAUAAAGAAAUGUGCGCAAUUGCCGACGAAAUAUAUUAAGGAAUUAUCAUAAAAUAUAGAAAACUACUUUAUAUUCCGGCCAAAUUAAUAGCCGAGUUUUGUGGAUACACAGAUUAAAAAUUAGCAGAGCGGUGGGUGAGUUUGAUAGCUUUUUUAAACAUUCUUGUCGAGCUUGUUGCCCUCUCUCGUAACUAAAAGUUUUCGGGGAAAUAACUUAAUACCACAUCCCUCUCAAAUUUUUUUAUGCGAACAUGAGCUAUAAUCAGAAGCCACCUGGUGCCGGCGGCAGCGGCAUGGGAGGAGGGAUACCGCCGAAUGGACCGAAUAAUCAGCAGGUUGCAAAAACUUUAGCCGGUAUACAACAGCAAAUGCAGAAUUUGGUUCAUGGCCAAAAUACGUUGCCGCAAUCAUCGCAGGCUGAGCUAAAUGUAUUUCUGCAACAACAACGUUUUCAAAAUAUGUUGAAGCAACAACAAUUAUUACAUUUUCAAAUGCAACAUCAACAGCAACAGCAGCACCAACAACAACAGCAACAUCAGCAAAAGGAUCGUGGCGGCGGUAGCGUAGGAAUUGGUGGUGGCGGAGGAGGCGGUGGUGAACCAUUAGCACUCACCAGGACUCCAGCCGCCGCUGAACUGCUAAAUAAAACUUUUCAACAACAUCAGCAACAACAACCGAAUGGUAGUGCUGGCGCACCUAAUGCUGCACUGAAUCAGUUCCAGCAGCAAUUGCAGGCGCUGCCAACAAAUAUCAUUCAACAAUUGCAAACAUUACAGUAUCAAAUGCAACAACAUCAGCAGCAGCAACAACAUCAGCACCAACAUCAACAACACCAACAGCAUCAACAACAGCAGCAACAUCCGGCACAAGCGGCGCAAGCUCAACACCAUCCAACUCAUCAACAACCGCCGCCACCAUCACCACAACAACAGCAGCAACCUCAACCCUUGUUGACGGCACAUCAACAGCAACAACUACAUGGACAAUUCCAACAACAACAACAAAAGGCACUCCAGCAAUUCCAACAGAGCUUACGUUAUUUCCCCACAGCUGCACCCACACAACCAUCAGCUGCACCCCAACCCACACCCAGUGGCAAUAAAGGUGGUAGCGGCGCUGCAUCAACACAGCCACCACCACAAGCUCCACUACCAACCACAGCAAUUGGUAAUCAAUUAAAAGCUCCAAAUUUGCCGCCUAGCACACAAAUCACACCGGUGCCAGGUAAUGUAGGUAUGAUACCCGGCAGUGUGGCGCAACAAGCUGCUAAAAACACUGCGAGUAGUGCUCCAGUAACCACGUCAACCACCGCUGCGAUCUCCAGCGGUGGAGGCGUUAACGCUACCCCAAGUGUCGGCACCAAACAGGCUCCAACGCCCUCCAUUUCAUUGCUACCGGCAAAAUCAGGCACGUCGACAGCAGCACCAACAGCCGCACAUCAACAAAACAAAUUCGGCGCUGGUAAAACAUCACCAGUUGUUAGUGCUAUACCACCACCAUUCCCCACUCACUUUCAGAAGCCGUCAGCUGUAUCGUCUAGUGGUAAUACUACAGCCACUACCAACAUAGCAUCAACGGCUAAAGCUGGUGGUUCAGUGCCUACUGGUUCGGCAGCUAUGUCAUCUAGUGCCUCAAUAACGACCGGAUCGAAUAAGGCACCACAGCAGUCCGUCAAUCCUGUACCGCUUACGAAACAAGCAACGUCAGCACCCUCGCCGUCGUCGGCUUCACAGUUGCCAGCAACGACUGGCGCACUAACGACUUCUCCGGCAUUAACUACCAUCACAGCACCAACCGCUGCAAACAGUGGUAUCUCAAGUGGUACAGAUCAAGCUACAGCAACACAGAAGGCUAUCAAUUCAAUACCGACCUCACCUGUGGCCACUGGUGCCAAUAUUACACCAUCUACAAAUGCCGAUAAGAAUGUUAAGUGUGCUACAACUGAAACGACCGAAGCAGUCAAAGGCGCAGAAAAGUCGAAUGAUGCGCCAGCAAAAGCUAAAGAGGAUCAAUCCUCAGCUUCAGUCACAGCAAAACCAUCUGUAGCAGAGACGAAAACCGAAAAGAUUGUUGAUAUUGUAGCUGCCAAAGAGACAAAUGCUGUUAUGUUGGCGGAUGCCAAAGCUAAGAAACUGACAGAAACGGACAGUGCGGUCGAAAAGUCAAAUGCUAUUGUGGAUAAUAAAGCGACCAUAGAUAGUGUAAGUGGCAUUACGGUUGGCAGUGAGAAGGUCAGCGAUAUGAAGAUAGAGCAGAGCAAGCUAAUUGUUGUAAAGGACCAAGACAGUAACGUCAAGACCGAGUCUAAGACUGAUCAGGGCAACAAAGGGGACGAGAAUAAGAGCGCGAAGAAAUUGGAGUUAUCUACAGAAACGACUAAUAAAGAUGAAAAAAGCCUACCUGCAACUAAGGAAACCGAAGAUACAAAGUCCGUCGAGAAAACCAAUAAAUCGCCAGCUUUAGCACCUAAAGAAGGUAAUGAAAAUGCUGAACCCAAAGUAGCGGCAACACCUCAAGAUACUGAAAAAACGGAUAACACCAAGAUAAAGCCUGAAUUGCCUGUAACUAAUUCAGAUAAUGUAGCCAAUAAACAAAUAAGCACAGAGAAGAAAGAAACUUCAAGUGCGAUAAAUGACUUUAAAACAGCGGUAGCUGCCGCAACAAUUGUGGACUCGAAACCUAAAGUCAACGCAGCUUCAAACGAGGUAGAUAAGCGUCAAUCAGGCAAUGCAAUUGUAAUCGCUGAGAAGCCUAGAGAAGAGAAAAUUAAAAAUACAAAGUCAGAAAAGGCAUCCACAACAGCUGCUCAAGCAACAACGUCGGCGGCCGAUCAAUCAACGCAGAGCAACAACGCCAGCAGCAAUAACAAUCAUGCCACUAUAAAGAGCACAAAAUCAAAAGCAGCCGAAGCUGCGCCAGAUUCGACGAAUAGCACUGUCAUCGACGCAACUAGUACACCAGUUAAGCGUUCAAGCCGUCAACCGAAAGCGGCAACAAAAUCAUCGGAGAAGGCAACGGUUGAAAAAACCGAAAAAGUAUCGAGCAGCAGUCGGCCGCGAAAAUCGAAGAACGGUGUUAGCAGCAGCAACAGUAACUCCGCCGUCGAUGCGCCCGCCACACCAAUAACACCCAAACCCGAGCAAGGGCCCAGCACCAGCGCUAGUGAUCGCAAAAGUUCUCGCCACCGUCUCAAAACUAUACCAUUUCAAAGUCCACUGCCUGAAUUGGCAUACAUCACAAAAUUGUCAGCCAGCGAAGCUUCCAAUUCACCAAAGCCCAUGUCCAUGGAAGACAAGUUGAUCGUUUUCUACAAAAAUGAAUAUAUGGCGGUGCGCAAUGCAGAAGGUACUUUCUACCUAUGUCAAACGAUGCAAAAUGUUUAUCGUACAUCACCACGCAUUAGCAUUCGUUGGCUAUCGGAAGAUCCGAAUAACAGUGGCAUUUAUAUACCUGAUUUCUAUGAUCACACCGACAUAGAGUGUGUGCUCACAACUGUCGAACUGAAACGAGUCGACAAGGGUCAUCUCAGUUUACCGAAAAAGGAGCAGGCACGCAUAGAGAGUAUACUCAAGAAAGCUAUCGAUGUAGAGAAAGGACUGGUACCAAGACCUGAACUCACAGAGGAGAAUCCCGAUGGGCUUGAUCUAUCACUGUACAAAGAUGAAUCUCAAAUUGAAAAGAAAUCUGCGACGGGCACAACUCCCACUGCUAUUCGAAAAUCUCGUCGCAGUGGUAAUAAUGAAAUAGGCACACCAACAACUGCCAAAUACAAUGCAAGCGCCUCCUCAUCAGCCACGUCUGCUACGAAGGGCCGCAAACGGGGUCGUGCAAAUAUCAUCAGCGAUGCUGCUGGUGAUAACGGUGUUAGAUCUUCGACAAAGAAAAGAAAAUUGGCCACCAAACGUAAAUCGAAAUCAAGGAAGUCGUCAACUACAGACGAGGAAAACGACAGCAGCGAUGAUUCUGAUGCAGAAUAUAAACCAAAUCAAAAGAAUACAGGAACAGCUUCAAAGGCGUCACCACGGGCACAGCGCUCACCAUUGGCAAAGGCUAGGGCGGCAUCGCCAAUUAGCUCGACGACAGCGCGAACUAAAAACCUGCCGGCAAAGUCGACUCCAACGGCAAGCAGUCGUGGUGAACGAGCGAACAAACGCAAAGCAGCCACAGAUGGCGCAGCACCUACGGAAAUUGCACCAACUCCAGCAAAGAAAACUGCCGGUGUUACAACAACAACUGUUGCUGCUGCUACUCCAGCAACUCCAGCAACACCAAAUGCCUCAAAAUCAACCAAUUCAAAAAGUAAAACAGCACAAGAUGGUACAACCGAAGCGGACAAUAGUAUUGCGUCGAUUACCAAGAAGGUCAACAGCAACAGCACUGUGGAAAUCACGAAUGUGGUUAGUAGCACAACAACUGCGGGCAACGCAACAACAUCAGAGCAAACCAUAGCUGCCACCUCAAGCAACAGUGGCGGCGGUGGCAAUGGCGGUAGUUCGAACAGUAAUCGGCCGACCAGAAGUCGGAAAUAGAAACUAUAAUUAGUUAGGAGAGAGUAAUUGUCAUUUAAGAAUAGUAGUGUUAUAAUGCAGUUAUCGCAUUCCCACAAAGAGAAGUAACAAUUUGAAUAAGCUCCGAAAAACACACACAGACACAUACUCAUACACGCUAUAGCAGCAGACACACCAGCAGCAUAAACAAAAACAUUUCUUUUUAAUGCGAAAUGGUGACAUUUAAGGCAUGGUGCAAGAUGUCAAUGCUAUCUGUGGCGUCGUUAAUCUGACCAUAUAGCAAAUCUAGCAAUAAAUUGAAACAGCAAAACGUUCGAACAAAGUGUACAUUAGUUUUAGAAUGUAUGUAAAAAAAAGAUAGGUAUAACACAACACAGUUAGCACUUCAGAUAGGACAUGAAGGGAGUGUAGAAUAGAUAUAUGCAUAAAACGAAAUGAUGUUGAUGUGUAUUACUUAUAUUUUUAUUAAAACUUUUCUUCCAUUAAAUGCUUAAUUAUGUGCUAUUUAGUAAGCAAAUACGUUUUUGACACUAAAAAAUAAUUAAACAAAAACAAAAAAAAGCGAACUACAGACUAAUUGCAGGUUUUUGUUAAUAUCAAAGCUGGACUUGCUUGGCAUUAAAAAACUUUUUUUUUUGUUUGUAUAAUUACAAGUGUUUCGACAAUUUAUACCGUUAACCACGUCACCUAUAUUUAUAUUAAUGAUUUUUUUGUAAGAAGUAUAUAUGUUAUGGUUAUUUGUAUAUUAGUUGUAUAUGUUUUAGUUUUUACUUUUAUGUUUAAAGCCACAGCAGAUUAGAUAAGCUAUUGGCAUGUAAAAAAAAUUAUCCAAUUUAUGCGGAGUUGCGCGUUGAAUGAACACCUUUCGUAUUGUUAGAUUGAUUGAAAGAAGAGAGCCAUUGACCCUAUAACUUGCAAUACGCAUAGUUCGCGAAUGUUAGUGGACCUUAAAAAAUACAUGUAAAUAAAUACUAAUUUUACGUACUUUUUACAGCGCUGCUUUCAAGUAAUGCCAGAAAAAAAGAGGCGCACAAACUACGCCAGCAGCAAAGCUAUUUACGAUAUGAGCGCUUCAUAUAUCUUUGUAUUAAAAUCUACUUUGAGUCAAGGCAUAACAAGUGCAGCGUUUUUAUAUUUCAAAUUUAUUAAAGCUAUUAUGAGUUACAGCAGAAAGAUUUGAAUUUCGUUGUAUUGAAAUAUAAUAAUUUCUGAUUUCCAUCGCUUAAAAGAACAAAUUGAAACAAAUAACAAAACCAUACUAUAUCAAAUAUAAAAAUAAAAAUAAAGAAUACUAAUAUGAGCAUAGUUGCAUUGCUAAUCAAGGGAAACACUGUUAGUAUGUUGAGGCAAUAUUUAAACGGCGAUUUAAUAUCAAAAUAAAGAACUUUAAAGUUAUGCAGGGACGAAAUUAAUAGUUAUAUGUGUAUGUUAAACUCAUUCCCAUUGAAAAAAUUGCACACAUUUAACAUAAAUAAAUGUUAAUCAGAGAUAGGAAAAAUGUAUAUUACAUUUUUCUUCGUUUCGGGUGCAAAUUAUUAUUGACUCUUGACUUGUAAAGCAAGCGUAUAGCUAUUAAAUAAACUGUAUAAAAACAGUUUUUCUAACAGAAAUGAAGCAUACAUUAAAAUUACAUAUUAAAACUAGCCAUUCAAAUAUCAGCAAAUUAUAUUGUAGAUUGUAAUGUUUUCGAAAUAUAUAUAUAUAUACAUAUGUAGUUCAUACAACAAUGCACCUAAAAUUUGUAUGAUAAAAAUGGCUAAGAGGACAAAAUAAUAUUAAUUUUAAUGCAAAAUGAUUUACAAAAAAAGUAUGAGACGAGAAUUUUUGACGUGUUGAAAAAUGCAUUUCUUUUGUAAGAAAUUCAUGCUAAUAGGCAGAAAAUAAAAAUAGGAAAAAUAUUAAACAAAAUAUAGAUAUUUAAACAUAAGUGAAACAUAUACAUACGCAUAAGGAAUAAAAUAGUUUUCCUUUUUAAUUAUUAGCAGUGCAGACACGCCCAUGUAAGUUUCAUUAAAUUAGGUUUUAGCAUACAAAGUUUCAAACGUAUACACAUAAAAUAUUUAAAAAAUUUAACAGUUUAUUAUAUACAUAUUUGGGGCAAUUCGUAACAAAACAAACACAAAAAAUACAUAUUAAUAAUAUGUAGACACACACAUAAAGUAGAUAUAAAUGCCGUUAGCAACCGCAAAUAUAUAUAUAUAUACAUGCAAUAAAAUAAUAUCAUAAGUUAUGUGGAAGUUUAAUCUACAAACACAUUAUGCAAAUAGAACAAGAAAUACAAAAAAAUAUAAAGGUAAAAUUGUCCAAAACCCCAAAAUUAACUGUAAAAUUACAUAAAUUCACAGGUAGCAUUGCAUUUUAGAUGCUUCUAAGUCAAACAACAGACGGAAGCUAAAAAAAAGUCAGUUGAGAGAAGCUUAGAAAUCAAGAUCAGUAAAAAUCAACAUCAUGUUGCAUGAUAGUAGACAGAUGACAAGUUUUGCAGUGAAGAAAUAAAUUUCAGUGAUGUUGGCCUCGGUACGACACUACACCAAAUGCGUCUCUUCUAACAUGCCUCUCUUAUAAAAAAAAUUCAAAAAAAAAAAAAUAAACAGACCAGCCGCAAUAAU